AUGGACGAUGAGGUCGGCCCCAUAACAUUGGAUGGCAAGCGCGAGGUGGCUUCGCUCAUUCGCAGUCGAUUUCUGCAGCGCUUGAAAGACGUAGGAGGUGGAAGCUUCUUGCAUGGUUGGAGGACACAUUUGGAUCCGGAUUUUCGCCAGCGCGCAAGCAAGCAGGAUUUGUGUCGUGUUGCACUUGGCUUGAGCUUGGAGGGUGGAGAGGCUGCAGCACAUGUCCUCUUAGUGCAGUUCGGGAGUUGCGAAGCUUUAUGCCUCGUGGAGAUAGCGCCCGAUGCGGGAGUUUUGGUCUGCCGUUUCCGACGAUUCCUCGCACAGUUUGGGAACAUGAGGAACUUCCUCGAAGAUGUGCAGGAAGCGGGCAACAACAUGGAGUUGAGUCUCGAACAGUUCGUGUCGUUUUGCCGGAGGCACGGCUUCGACCCGGGAGGUGACGAAUUGCGGGACCUUUUCUGCCUUUGCAGCAAGGGCAAAGACCAUCUGUCGCCAGAGGAUUUCUUGUUUCUGGAGGCCGACGAAGGCAUACGAAAGCGAGAGACCAUCAGGCAAAGCCAGUUGAAGUUUGCCAAGGAGGAUGUGCAUCAUGCCUUCUUGGCAGAGACUUACAAGGCCGACCGCGGACGUCCUGGCAUCUCAAACCGCCAUAGGCUGGCCCCACGUCCUUGGCACGACCGGGCCUUCGAGACCCUGCCACAGGUGAUCUCCCGCAGGAACCAGUCAUGGUUUCAAGAAAAAAGGAGCAAAAACGCCGAGGCUCGUCAGCAUUUCUUGGAGUAUAUCCGAGCGAGCUAUGGCUCGGAGGUGCGCGCAUGGAGAAGGGCUUUGGACCCCGAUGCGACUUUCCAGCUCACGCUCUCAACUUUCAAGAGAUGGUUCCGCCACGAGACGAACCUCCGCGAAUGCAUCGACCUGCAGACGCUCUGGCGCUCCCUCGACCGGGAUGGUAGCGGUCGCCUGGGCUUGGAGGAGCUUGCACCCCAGGCGGCAGCCACAUUGGGCUGCUUUCGAACAUGGAUUCGAGGCAGACUGGGUUCGUGUGCUUCGGCAUGGGAACACGAGGCAGUCGCGGACGCAUUCUCGAACUUGCAGUCCGAAGGCUCCUGGGUGUCAAGAACGAAACUGCUGGUGAAUGCCUUCGCAAAGGCAGUAAAGCAAAUUGGCUGGCGACCUAUUCUUGAUCAAGGCACACGGGCAGCUUUGCUUGCAUCGUUGGACUACUUCGGCUGCGGCUUCCUCUCUCGAUCAGACUUGGAGUGGCUGGAUGCCUGGGAUCCACCAGAAUGGCUUUACUCGGAGCCGGAUGCAGAAGCAUGGGUGCAUCUCCGGCGCUUGAUCAUGGGGCGGUUCGAUCAUCCGUUGGCCGCUUGGCGCGGCCUUCUGGACCGAGAUGACUCCAACAGCGUGUCCUGGAGCGAAUUCAAGGAGGCUUGCAGGAGGGUUGGUUUCCAAGGCAACGUGGGCGGAGCCUGGCGAACCUUAGACAACGACCUUUCAGGCACUAUAACACUCCGAGAGUUUGAUACAGCCAGCGCCAAGAUCUUGACGUCCUUCAAGGCUUGGUGUGAUGUGCACUACGGAUCCUUCGAGCAUCUGUUCAAGUCGAUGGACAAGGACCGAAGCGGAGGAGUUUCGUUCUCGGAGUUGCGACGUGCCUGCCGAAGUGGUGGUUGGAAAGGAAACGUCCAAGUGCUGUUCAAAUGCCUGGAUGUGGAUUCUGGCGAUGGUCAGAAGACCAUCGAACUGGAAGAGCUGCAGUUCUUGGAUUCUUGGGAUCCGCUGGAAGACGAACCAUUGGAGGAGCAAUCGAACCAGGCAGCCACCGCCAUGACUCAUAAGAUGCCUUGUCGCCUGUCCCAGCAGUCACAAUCAUCUCCAGUCCUGCCGCGGAUUGUCUGA